AUGAAUUUGGUAAUUAAUGAUUAUCGAAUUAAUGAACGCACAGGUAUGAAAGUUUUAAGAAUAGCAGAAGAUGAUAGUAGAAACAGGUAUUCAUUUAUUAAUGACUACACAUCAAAUGAUUUUGAGGACCUUGAAAAAAUAGUAAACAAUGAGAACAUAAGUGUAGAUUGUAAAAUAGAAUUAUGUUAUUCCAAAUUAAAUAGUAGCAUAUUUGAUAUAUUUAGAAUUAUUGCAGAUUAUAACAGCUUAUAUAUCAUAAAUGGAGAAGGAUUAAUAAUUCAUAUUUGCAUGUUGUUAUCAAAAUUUUAUUCGUUUGAAUAUGAAGAAAAUAAAAAUAUUCUUUCGUUUACCAAUUCUUUGAAUAUUAGUAGUGUAAUAUAUUACAUAGAAAAAGUGUUAAGUGAAUUUUCUCUUUGUAAUGCUAAUUUUCAUAUAAUAUUUUUUAAUUUAUUUAAAAUAUUCUUUGAAAAAGAAACGCAAUUAUUUGAAAAUUAUAAUUUAAUAAGAAACGUAUUUAUAAUUCAUUGUAAGAAAAAUCUAAUACCCUACUUUAUAUUUGAUAACUGGUAUAAUGACGAUAAUUAUAAUAUUUACUUAAUUAAAUACAAACCUUUAUUUAUGGUAGUAGAAGAUAGCUCUUCCUUUUUAUACGCAUUUAAUAAGUUUUAUGUAAGCUCAACUGAGAAUGAUGAAACUUUGAGUGCAGUUACAUUGAAAACUACUUUGGUCGAUAAUAUCACUUCCCCCGUUACAGCUGAUUGUGAUGAUGUAAAGAGGUUGGAAAAAGAGAAAAGUUACAAGGAAUAUGUAAGGAAAAAAAAGAUAUAUGAUUAUUACAAUGAAGAAAUUAGGGAGUUAUCUAUUUGUUUUUAUUUUCUUAUAAUUAAUAACAUACUAAGGGAUAUAAAAUGUGUUUUUCUAUUCAAUUUUGAAUCAGAAAAGAACACUGUAAAUGCUUUUUCUAUUAAUUAUAAGGGUAUUAAUUUCAGGUCAGUACAGAAAUUGAAUGACGAAUCGGCAGUGUUAUUUGAUACGAUAUUUUAUGGGAAGAACAGGGGAGAAGAGGUUAAAAAUAGAGAGGCAAACGAUGAUCAUUUAAAUAAUAUGCUUAUUAUUUCAGAGGACACGAAAGAUUAUGAUUUAUUAUAUAAGGAUGAAGGAAAUAUUACGGAAGAAGAAUAUCGUAUUCGUGAUAUGUUUUUAGAAGAGGCAAAGUCAGAUGUCAUAUACUUGAAAAAUAUUGUUUUAAAAUUGUUUUAUGAAAAAAAUAAAGCAAAUAUUUCACUAUUAGAUGACAAGGGAAAAAAAUACUUUUUCUUAAUUUUAAAACUCUUAUUAUUGCAUAAUUAUUUAAUUGAAAAGUUAAAUAUGAAGAAUUUGUGUUUAUUUGAUUCGCAAAAUAUGAAUGGCGAUAUAUAUAAUGAUGGUGAUGAUAAUAUUUUGAAAAUGUUGAAGUUAUUUACUGAGCCCCAUGUGAUUAUGUAUUUAGAUACAUACAAUUUUAUUUUAAGAAUGUUACAAAUAGAAUUGUACUGCGAUGUGUUGAGGAAUGUAAGAAAUACAGACUUCUUAAAUUUCUUUAAUGCUUCCAUAGUCCAUAAUUUACUAAGUUUCAUUUGUUUUAAAUUGUGUAAAAAUAUAUUCACAAUUGAUCAUGAAGAUUUUUUUUUUGAGGAUAGAGAUUUCUUUGAGAAAUCUUUUCAAAAAGUGUCAUAUGACAACUUGUGUUUUUUUCCCAUCGAUUUUUCUUUUUUAAAAGAUGAUAUAAAUAAUAUAAGAAAAGGUAGGUUAACUAAUAUUUUUAAUAAAUGUGAUGAGGUUAGUGAUAUUAAUAAGAACAAGGAGGAUAUUACUAAAGUUGUAGAGCCAAGCAAAGAAAAGAGUGAUGAAAAAAAUAAAACGCUGAACGACAAAAACACUAGUGUGAAUAAUUUAAAUAUUUUAAAUGUUAAUUUAGUUAAAAUUAAAAACGAGUUUAUAGAAACCUUUUUCAGCAUAAAAGAUGUAGUAAAUAAUAGCAAUUUAGAUGAAGAUAAAAAAAUGUAUGUUAAGGUGAAUUUUAUUAACAAAUGUGUAGAAUAUGAUAGUGAAUUUUUUGAAUUAUUAAGAAUGUUACACAUAUCGGAAAGGGAGAACGUAAUGGACAUUUUUAGAAGUUACAUAAAUCCAUCGUUAUAUUAUAGAGAAAGUGAAUCAAAUACGCAGGUCAAUGAAAAAUAUAAGGUAAGAAAUCGACAAAGAGGUGAAAGAAGAAUGGCUAUAAUUGCAAAAUAUUUUUACAUUAGUUCACUUCAUCAUCCUAUAGUUAUUUCUGAAAAUCAUCCUUGGUUGAAAUAUUAUUCAUAUAUUGUAGAAAAUCUUUAUGACUAUUUGAGAGAUGAGAAAGUAAAAAAAGGUAUAAACGCAAGAAUGAAAAAGAUGUUUGAUAAUUCUUCAGAUGAAGAAAUUAGUUCCAAGGAUGAAAAGAAACAAAUAAAUUAUAGUAGAUUUAAUAUGUUUCAAAUAAUGGAUGAUAUAGAUGAGGUGAGUGAAAUAAAUAGUGAGUUAAACUGUGAGAAGCUAAAUAGCAAACAAGAUAAUAAAAAGAUAUGUAAUGACAAAGGAGGAAGAAAAAAUAUUAAAGGAAGCACAAAUUCUGUAAGCAGAAAAGAUGAAAUAUUAAAAAGAAAAGAAAUGUCAAAUGAAAAAAAAACCUAUGAAGUAGAUUUGACAAGAUAUAAUACGUUAGAAACGAAAAUUAAUAAGUUAAGUAGCGAUAAUGAUUACGCAGAGAUGAAUACUUGGUCUUUAGAUAUAAUAUCCGGGUUUAAUAGAUUAGUAGAUGUGUAUAACUUUAAUAAUGUUACUAAUUUAAUUAAGAAUGUUGAUCUUCAAAUUAAAAUUAGUAUGAAAGUGUUAAGUAGUAUGUUUGACAUUUUAAUGUAUACGAAAUUAAAAAAUGUAAAGAGCAGUAAGCAGAAAUCAGAUGCAAUAAAAAGUGUUAUGUUAACUUAUAAAUUAACGAACGAAAUUUUUAGUAAAUUUAAAGAAAAUUUAACUGAAAAAGAUGUUGUGCAGUUACAAACAGUGUUACUUUCUCUAGGUUUUAAAAAUAGUAGUUAUAAUUUGUUUGAAGAAUACGUAAAGAUAAGAAUGAAAAUUGAAAAUGAUUUAGAGAAUGACGAUGGAGAAAAAGAAAAGAUGAGCACUAACAAAAAAGGAAAGGGAAAGGAAAAAAGUAAAUUAAAAGAUGUAAAUAAAAAUAAAAAGGGAAGUGCAGUUGCAAGUAAAAAUAAAGGUAAAAAAAAUAAUAAUGUUGAUGGUGAUAAUGGGGAUGAUAGUUCUGCGAACGGUUCAGAUAAAGUCAAUGAGUUUAACUUAAAAAAUAAAGGAAAAGAAAUAAAAGAAAUUUAUAAAUAUAAAAUUAAAGAAGUAAAGGCGUAUAGUGAGUUAAAAAUUGAUGAGAACAAAGAGCACGAAUUUCAGUUAUAUUACAUGUAUUAUUUAUUAGAUAGAACAACAGGUAAUAUUAAAGAUAAACGUGUGUUAUUUACGUUGGAUACGUGGCAAUAUAACAUUUUAAAUUUGGUAGAUAAAAGAAAGAGUAUUUUAGUUUCAUGCCCUACUAGUAGUGGUAAAACUUUUAUUUGUUAUUAUGUUAUGGAUAAAGUUUUAAGAUUAAAUAAUGAUAGUGUAGUUGUAUAUGUUGCACCUAAUGAUGCAUUAGCUUUACAAGUAUAUCAUGAAGUGAAUGGUCGAUUUAGUACAAAGGGUUAUUCAAAACAUGGUGAUAAUAAAUUAUGUUCUAAUAUGUCUGAUAAAUAUGCAGACAAUAAUGCGUUAGAUGCUCAAAUAAUUAUUAUUUUACCGAGUGUUUUAGAAAACAUUUUACUAUCAUAUUAUUCUCUAAAUUAUCCCAAUGAGCGUUCAUUUGUAUCUAGAUUUAUUAGUAGGAUAGAAUACAUAAUUUUUGAUGAAAUUCAUUGUAUUGGAGAUAAAGAAUUUUAUGGUACACAAAUUGAAAAUAUUAUUCAUUUAACGAAUUGCCCCUUUUUAGCUUUAUCAGCUACAAUAGGUAAUAUAAAUUUUUUCUAUUCGUGGCUUCAGAAUGUUCUUAUAAAAAAAGGAAAAGGUGAUAAAGAACUUCAUUUAAUUAAAUUUUAUGAGAGAUUUUCAGAUUUAAUUCUAUAUGUAUAUACAAAUAGAAAUUUACAUCAUUUAAAUCCAUUAGCAUGUUUUAAUUUUCGAGAUAUUUUAUAUAAAGGUAUAAAUAAAGAUUUUUAUUGUAAUCCAAGAGAAAUAUAUGAAAUUGUAAUAUUAUUAUUUGAAUUAGCUAGAAAAAAUAAAUUUUAUGACCUAGUUGAAUUUUUAGAACCAUCUUUCUACUUCCAGUAUACUAGGUGCAUAAACAAAAAGCAGUUUAUAUAUUAUAUGCACUCAGUGAAAGAAAUGAUUGUGUAUUUAAUACAAAAUAAGUUUAUUACAAAUUCGGAUUAUGAUAUGUUUAAACAUUUUUUGUUAUCAAAUUAUAUGAAAAAUGCUGAUUACGUGAAAGACGAAAAUGCAGUGGUAGAGGAGGUAGGUAAUGAAAUGAUUAAGAAAGAGGAUAAUGAAUCUAUGGAAAAAAAAGUCCAACAAAAUGGUGUUAAUAGUACAAAGAAUUUAUAUAAAAAGGAAAUUAAGGAAAAUACUCUUAAACAACAACUUUAUCAAGAAUUAUAUAAAAGGGUUGUGUUAGAUGAGAAAUAUUUCUUAAAUAAAUCGAACGAUUUAGUAAAGUAUACCGAAAUUGUAAAUAUGGAACAAGAAUAUUUAGAUAGUGAUAAAUUAAUAGAACUGUUAAAAAAAUUGGAAAAUGUAAAAUUUUUGCCGUGUAUUGUAUUUAACUUUGAGAGAAAGGAAUUAGAGGACAUGACUAUUAACUUGAUUAAGGAACUUAUGAGAAGACAACAUGAUAAAUAUUAUGGGGAUGAGGAAAAAGCAUUUAAUACGAAGAUGGAAAAUAAAUUAAGGAGAGAGAGGUAUGAAAGUUUACUAAAACAGAGAGAAAUGUUAUUAAAAAUUAAAACAGUGUCAAGAAAUCAAAGAUUAGAGCAAAAUUUAGAUAAAGAUUAUUUAGAUAUGUUAAAUGAAGAUGAAAUUCCUGAACCACCUGUUGAUAUUUCAGAAGAGUAUGAUGGGGAUUUUUAUUUUUGUAAUAGAAAAAUAUAUCAUAAUUAUGUAUUUGAAAUUGAAGAUUUGAUAAAAGACGCAGAAAGAGCAUUAGAAGGAAGAAAACACAAAUCAGUAUUAAUUGAAGGGUUAAAAAGGGGAAUAGGUUUACAUUAUGAAGUAUUACCAUAUAAAUUUACAAUUAUAGUAGAAUCUUUAUUUAGGUUAGGAUAUGUUAGAAUUAUAUUUAGUAAUAAAAAUUUAUCCUUAGGUAUUAAUAUACCAUGUAAAUCCAUUAUUUUUUCUGGUCAUACAUUUGAACUUAAUUCUGUUAUGUUUAAGCAAACAUCUGGUAGAGCAGGAAGACGGGGUUUUGAUCUAUAUGGUAAUGUAAUAAUAUGGAAUAUUAAUUUUAAAAAUUUAAGAAGGUUAACUACAUCUCCUUUACAAACCCUCUCAGGUUCAUACUCUGUGAAUUUCACGAACAUAUGUAGAAGUAUGUUAUUAUAUAACUGUUUAAAAAAAAAUAGAGAGAUGGAAGAAUUUAGUUCAAGAAAUAAAGUAAUUGUAAAUAAACCAAAUAGGAAGAAAAAAAAAGAUGAUACCAUGACAGUUGCUGAAAAGGAAGAGUUAUUUGAAAAAAAUAGAAGUGUUAAUGUAAAUUUCUUUAGUAGAAUUAAUGGAAUACUAAGUAUGUUUUACAGCUCGUUGUAUUAUGUAAAUGUGUUUCAACAUAAUCUACAUAAUAAUAAAAGGAAUGAUUUAUUUGAAGAAAGAAGUAGAAGAAAUAUGAAGGAGUUAAAAAACGAUAUUAUGAAUGAAAACAAGUCAUUGAAUGAAAAGAAAUUAAAUGGAAUGAUCAGUAUGGAUACAUGUGCCUCGGAUUUAAUUGUAGAUAAUGAAAAUGUUAUUGUUAAUGAGGAGAAGAUGGAGUAUAUAGAAUACUUAGCGAAUGAGUUCAACCAAUUUAAAGGGAAGAAUGUAUUGUCAAAGUUUAUUAAUAGAAAAUAUGAAUAUAAUGAGUUAAUUUGUGAAUUUAUUGCAAAGAAAAUAAAAAGUGAUGCAAAUGAAAAGAAUAUAAGUGAGAUAUGUUUUAUGAUAAAAAUGCAUUUUCUUAUGUAUAUAAAUAUUCUUAUUGAAAUGGAAUUCCUAGAUGAAGAAUGUAAUAUAAUUAAUUUAACAGAAUUAACAAUAUUUUUAAAAAAAGAAUAUGAUAACAAUUUAGUGUUAACAUAUUUAUUAAUGAAAAAAGUUUUGCAUAACAUUAUAGGUGAUAGUACAUUUUUAAGUUCUAAUGUUAAUUCGAUUUCAUUACCCAAAAUAGUAGAUUCUAUAACGUUUGAAAAAAAUUAUUCUCGUAAUAUAAUAGUAGAUGAUACAUCAAGAGGACAAUUUAUUUUAUUGUUUAUUUUAUCCCAUUUUGUUAAUAGAUUAAAAGAAAAUAAAAUAGCCUUAACUAAUGUGUUAAUAAAUUAUAACUGUACAACCAGAACGAAAUUAGAAUUAUUUAGUUACAAAUAUUUCCCAUUAUUACAUAUGCUACCAGCACCUAUACAUAAACAUAUUAGGUAUUUUGAAACUAUUGUGUUAAGGUAUAUGAUUAACUAUUCAUUGAUAAUUUUAACAAAACUAAAUUUAUUGAAUAGAAAGAAGACUUAUUUGUUACCCUAUACUCACUUGUAUAUUUUCGAGCAACACCCAUCACUUAGUUUGACUGAAAUUUUUCCAAAGGAGAUGAAUUCUGAGUACUUUAAGUUCUAUCAGUCAAAGGUUCAUGAUUAUAAUAUAAGAUCCCCCUUUUUAGCAUCGUUGUACAAAUACGAUAGAUUUGAAAAUUUAAAUGAGUUACUUUAUACGUCCUUACACGACCUAGAUAUACGAAGGAACACUAUCCCAGACAUUUCAGACGACUACAUUUCAUUUUACAAGUUUGAUAAUGGAUUAAUAAAAGAAGAAAAAGUAUGUUUAAAAAAUUCAUAUAUUUUAGAUUAUUAUAUUCACGGAAGAUACCAUGUCCUACGAAGUAAAAACAAACUAGGUCAAUAUAUAUGGUAUAUUUUAGAUAGAUUUAUACAAUCAUUAAAAAACAUAGAACAGUUCAUAUAUGAAGUAAAAAAGGAAAAAUUGCUGUUAUCUUCAGAUGUUUUUUAUACAUGUUUAAAAACAUUAAAAGAGGUUUUGGAAAAAUGUUUCAAAUCGAUUAAUUCUGAUAGCGUAGAUGAAAACAGUUAA